AACAAAACUAAAUAACUGAAGAUACACAAAUCAAACGUCAUUUGACAGUUGAUUAAAGAAUUAAUAAUUGGAAUCUAAUUUCACUAUCAUAUUCGCCCACAUUCGCAUCUUAUUUCGAAGGGACAAAUAGGCAUCAAAUUGUGGUUAAUCUGUAAAUGGGAAAACGCUAUUAUCAGUGCCAUCUGGCGGGGCGGUCGCGAAAACCACAAUCAAACAGUUUCUAUAGACAUUGUAUUGUGGUUGUGCCAGCUUUAACCCGCAAACGUAACAUUAUGCACGAGUCGCGAGUUAAAUUGUGAAUUUGAAUAUACAUUAUUUAAUAACCCUCGUGAAAAUGGCAAUCAUGAAAAUAUUAUUGCGGCCUGACAUCAAGAAAUUCUCCGGAGCCAGACAAUUAAGUUCUAAGCCAAAGUUUGGAUUACUUUUUGACAUUGACGGAGUGAUAGUGCGCGGGAAGAGAUUGCUACCACCAGUUCCAGAAGCUUUUAAAAGACUACAGGGUGACAAUGGAAAAUUUAGAGUACCAACUGUAUUCGUGACUAACAGUGGUAGUGCACUGCGUAGCGAAAAGGCUGCAGAUUUAUCCAAAUGGAUAGGAUUUGAAGUAUCCGAAGAUCAGGUGAUAAUGGCUCAUUCUCCAUUACAGAUGUUUAAACAGUUUCAUAAUAGACAGUUUCUUAUAUCUGGGCAAGGACCAGUUAGAGAAAUAGCAAAAGAGCUUGGUUUUAAGAAAACCACGACAAUGGAGGAACUCGUGCAAAAUUUUCCUUCUCUAGAUUACAUAAAUGUGACAAAAAGGAACCCUAGGUGUGGUCCAGUAGAUCCAAGCUUCCCUCAGAUAGAAGGUAUCGUACUAUUCAGUGAGCCAAUAAAUUGGGAAACAUCGUUACAAUUGAUGGUGGAUUUACUGAUGACAAAUGGAAUGCCAUCCGCAUUACCAAGUUUAAUACCUCAACCUCACAUUCCUGUCAUCGCUUGCAAUAUGGAUUUACUGUGGGUGUCUGAAGCUCCUAUUCCUAGAUAUGGCCAUGGUGCUUAUUUAUUCUGCCUGGAAAAUCUGUAUAAGAAGGUUACCAGCAAAAAUAUGAUAUAUACUGCCCUUGUUGGCAAACCCAGUGAAAUAACAUAUCACCAUGCCAAUAGAAUGCUCCUUCAACAUGCUAAAUCGAUCGGGAUUAAUGAAAAUAUUAAUACUAUCUACGCAAUCGGUGACAACAUCAAUACUGACGUGUUUGGAGCAAAUCUAUAUGAUAAAUAUCUAUCAAGCCACUAUUCUCUAAAAGAUAGUAAGACAAGACGUCCUGUCCCUUUUGUGGAUACGCAAAAUGGUACUCCCAGAGCAAAAGCUUGUAUAAGUAUUCUAGUAGAAACUGGUGUACAUAAACGAGAUGCAGAAUUCAAUCCAGAUCACAGUGCACGAGAUUUUUUACCAAUCGAUGAAGCAUUGUGUAAACCGGCUUUUAUUGUAAAGGACGUCAGCUAUGCUAUUGAUCUUGCUUUCAAGGAAGAAGCGUUUGAUUGACUUGCCUAAUGUAAAAUAUAUUAUUUCACGAUUAUAAUAAUCGAUACUGAUUUAGAUAGAUACUAGACAAAGAGUAUUACAUUAUGUAGAAAUAUUUCUUUGUUUCUCCCGCCGUGGUUACUCGUUCACACUAUCGACUGUAAGUCAAUCGCUGAUAGUGCAUAUAUGCUUAUUGAGAUGAUUUGCAUAUUUGAACAUAAUGCAGUAUGUAAAGUUCACAUCUCAUGGCGUAGACACAUUUUUUUCACUAUUCCUCAUGAUAGUACAAUUAAUGGACCACCAUAUGUAGAAACAAUUAAGAAGUCAACGAAUUCGUAAUUAGUUGUGUAUAAAAUUGGAAAACAAGGCUAGUUUUGUUGAGCCAUAUCUGGUCUAGAGAAACCUACAACUUGUAUAGUUUUUACGGGGUGAUACAAGAAAAAAAUGACAAAGAUUUAUUUAAAUGUCCUUGUUAAUCAUUCGAUAGUUAAAAAUUGUUUUCAUAUAUGCAGCAUGUUUUGAAAAUAGAAUUGAGAAAUGGAAGAUUUGAGAUAUGAUGCGAUUUAUGAUAAAGAGAAAGAAAUUUUGAAAAUCUUUAUUUUAUUUAUAAUGUGAUUCGAUGAAUCCGUAAUCUGAUAAAGUGUUAAUAGUAAAGAUCAAAUUGAAAGCAAAAGGAUUUUUAUAGUCAGUAGACACUGGUCAUACAAACUUGGGAUGUAACUGAUAAAAGUAUAAAAUGAUGCUCGUCAAUUUUGUUUUUUAAUUAUAGACCUGAGUAUAUGUACGGUGUACUAUGUAAUAUAUGUAUAAAUAGAUAGAUAGAUAGACGAUAACAAUGCAAAUAGAAAUUAUAUUAUACAAUACCGUUCGAUUGUUUAUUUUGUGUAGAAUAUUGUAAAGUAGGCGCCAAAAAGCGCAAUAUCUUUGCGAAUUUUUAUAACUUCGAACUGGAAACUCUUAAGCCUUAAAAGAAGCAAAAUAGUUAAAAUGUGGAAAUAAACUUCGUACUUUUUUAAAUCUUUUGUUUGGCUAGAAUUGAUUUUUUCUCAAGGUCCUAGGUAGUAUAUUUGACAAUUAGUAAUUUCUACCAAUAUUGACAAGUGCGACAAAAGGUUCAAGGUUUUCGGAGAUGCUGAUUGUUAUUUUAAUAAAUAUAACAUUUUCAAAAUGUCUUAACCUUUGGUCAUCGUUGUAGCAUGCGAACAUUGUCGUCGCUCCCAAAUUUAAGAUAAAUAAAAUAACGAACCAAAAAGAAAUUUCGUAAGUACACGACGGUCUUUUUUUCCACUAAAAACUGCAAUACUGUUUGAACAAAUUUUUGCCAACAUUUUAGUGUAACCUUUUUCAAACUGUAUUUCAUAAUCAAACUCUUGCUUACAUUUUUUUUAAUUAGGGUUCGUAUAAUGGUGCUCUUAGAUAAUAUUUCAGAGGCUACGCCACUGUCUACAUAACGUUUAUUCAGCCGACUACUUAGGGCACAUAGAGCCAGACUUUCCUUAUAACACAAGUAGAAAUGAAAUACGUUUUAUCCCCACUAUUAAGUAUUUUUUAGUCUUAUGUUUUUCUGACGUAUUUUCAAGAUUCUAUUAAUAUUUCUCCAUUGCCAUGAUUUUUGGACGUAAUUAAUUUUACCAAUGUAGCAGUUCAACUUUAUUUCACGUGACAUCGUUACUGCUGUAUUAUUUUUUGUAUAUUCAUAUUUACAAGACUAUUAUAUUCUGUUAUACUAAAGCACGAUUGAAGAAGACUAUUGGUUCACUGAGAUGCUGAAAGGAAAAAUAUAAGUGCUCUCCCCAGGAUCUUGAAUCUUUUCGUACGCUCUAGGAAUUUAAAAUUGUACAGGAGUAUAGAGAUAGAACUAUAUUUAUACAAGAGACAAUAAAAAAUAUAUAUUUUAUUAUUAACACAUCUUAAGCGGGUGUUUUCUCGCCAAAUUUUCACCAUAGAGCGCGCGACUAUCGUCCCAAAUUCUAAGAAUCGGCAGGUAUCUAAAUAAUAAUUACUCCCCUAAAGCCCGUAUUUACAUGUUUCCCGCACCCUACCGAUAAUACGCAGAAAACGACUUUUCUCGGCUUCCGCGCUUUAAUAAUAAUAUGCACGAAACGAGUUUAAACGUUUUCCACUUAAGAUGUGUUAAAUACCGCAUAAUAUAAAGGUCAACAAGCUGUAUGUACAAGCACAGUAAUAGUGCAUUGCGUUUUUCCAUUUUGCGAGGACCGUAGUAUGUAUAGUUUAUGGAAGUCAAGAUAUAUAACGUUGAUAGUAAAAAAGCAAUAAAAAUGUACGUUAUACAAACCAUUAA